CGGAAUCUCUAAAAAUUGCAAAAGAUCCCCACCCAAACUUGAACCCUGAAAAAGUAAGCUAAAAAGGAAAGGAAGAAAGAAAAAGGCCAAAAAAGGAGAGAUGAGGUUUUCUUGUCCUCCAUUUUCUGCAGUUUCUUCUGCAUAGCUACCCCCCUCUCUCUCUCUAUCUCUCUCUUAUAGUCUCUACAUGAUUGCUUGCAAAGCGUUUGUGGAAAUGCAGAUCUUCUCAGCUCACCAAGAAGCAUCAUUCUAGCCCUUUUCUGCAAAUUUUUCUCACACAAUUAAGCUACCAUCUUCUUCAUCUGUCUGUACUUGAGAGGCGCUGUACGUACUAGGUAGCUUAGCUUAACAACAAACAACAAUGGUGAGACAAAAAAUCGAGAUCAAGAAGAUCGACAGCUUAUCGGCGAGGCAAGUGACCUUUGCCAAGAGAAGAAGAGGGCUUUUCAAGAAAGCCCAUGAGCUUUCCACGCUCUGCGAUGUCGAACUCGGCCUCAUCGUCUUCUCCGCCACGGGAAAACUCUCCGACUAUUCCAGCUCCAGUUUGCGGUUUGCGGCAUUUGUCUGGUCUUUGUUGUGUAGUUUGCGGUUUGCCCCUUUACGAAUUAUUGCACAAGGUAUGGUGCAAGUACUUGCAAGGCACAAUAUGCAUUCAGAGAAAAAUGAGAAUGAUCUUGAGCAUCAUCAUCAUCAUCCUCAGCCACCUCUCCAGCUUCAGCAAGAUAAUAGAUGUACCCAUGCCAUGCUUCUGAAGGAGUACAAGGAUAAGGACCGCCAUUUAAGGCAACUCAAAGGAGAAGAUCUGCAAGAGCUUGGCAUGGAGGAUCUGAUCAGACUGGAGAAACAGAUGGAGAGAGGGCUGAGCCGUGUCCAGAAAUCGAAGGAUGAUAUACGUUUGAAAGAGAUGAGUGCUCUCAAGAAAAAGGAAGCUACAUUGAAGGAUGAGAAUGCGCAAAUGAAGCAGUUUUUCGAUCAGAUGGGAUCUUCCAUGGCGACCCAAGGGGACAAACCAUCACCAGAUCAAGAAGGGCAAUAUGAUGAUUCAGUCACAAAAACUUGCAACUUAGCUCACAAUCACCUUCCUAAUUGCAACUCCGAUACAUUCCUCACAUUGGGCUUGCCUUUUCCUGAUUGAGCUAUGAAGGAAAGCAUGCAUGCACGCGGCGAUAUAUAUCAACGUCCACGGCAAUAAGUAGUUUGACAAUUUAUGAGGUAUUGGUCAUAGUGUACAAAUUUAGUCGUCGAUUAGAUGUCGGUGUAGUUUCAGUUCUAUUCUCCGAAGAUUAUAUGGUGGUUUUGAGUUCUUACAGUGUAUGAUAUCAAAAUUUCUAAUUGGAGUGACAAACCUUCAUUGCAUUAUUAUUUAUUAGCAAUAGAUAGCAUCUUUGCAGGCA